CGUCACCAUCCUUUUCCGCCGCGGCGCCGACGCUGGAAACACGAGUGUUCACCUUUUCUGUCUUUACGGGAGGUGUAGUGAAUAUACUAGGACGAUUGGCAACACCUUGGUGAUAAAAUGAAACCCAUCCUGUUACAGGGUCAUGAAAGAUCCAUCACUCAAAUCAAGUACAACAGAGAAGGAGACCUGCUCUUCUCUGUAGCUAAGGACACGGUAACUAAUGUGUGGUACUCUGUCAAUGGCGAGAGGCUUGGCACAUACAAUGGGCACACAGGAGCCGUGUGGUGUGUUGACUGUGACUGGGACACUAAAAACGUAUUGACGGGAUCUGCAGACAACAGCUGUCGACUGUGGGACUGUGAGACAGGUAAACAGCUGGCUCUGCUCAACACCAGCUCUGCAGUCAGAACGUGUGGCUUUGACUUCAGUGGCAACAUCAUCAUGUUCUCCACAGAUAAGCAGAUGGGUUAUCAGUGUUACAUGAACUUCUUUGACCUGAGGGAUCCACAGCAGAUUGAUGACAACCAGCCCUACCUGUCGAUACCCUGCAACGAGCAUAAGAUUACCAGUGCUGUGUGGGGGCCUCUGGGAGAGUUUGUCAUUGCCGGCCAUGAGAAUGGAGAGAUCAACCAGUUCAGCUCCAAGUCUGGAGAGAUCCUGAGGAAAGCCAAGGAGCACACCAAGCAGAUCAAUGACAUCCAGACAUCAGUGAAUCUCACCAUGUUCAUUAGUGCCUCAAAGGACUGUACUGCCAAGCUGUUUGACUCCUCUUCUCUGGAUCACAUCAAGACUUUCAAAACAGAGAGACCUGUCAACUCUGCUGCCAUCUCCCCUAUCAUGGAUCAUGUGGUAAUGGGAGGUGGACAGGAGGCCAUGGAGGUCACCACUACCUCCACCAGGAUUGGCAAGUUUGAGGCCAGGUUCUUUCAUGCUGCCUAUGAAGAGGAGUUUGGCAGGGUCAAAGGUCAUUUUGGUCCAAUCAACUGUGUGGCAUUCCACCCUGAUGGCAAGAGUUACAGCAGCGGAGGAGAGGACGGAUACGUAAGGAUUCAUUACUUUGACCCUCAGUACUUCGACUUUGAGCUGGAGGCAUAAACAGUCAGUGUCUUUACACAGCUUUGGGUACCAUCACAAUCAGUCCAAUCAGGAAAGAGGAAAACAGACUCAAGCGUCAAAUAAAGGAACAUGCUCAACAGAGGUGAUCAUUUGUGAAUGCAACAGAGUGUGGCACUUUGUUGGACUAGCUUAUGUAGCAUCAUUUAGAAUCCGUAUUUGGUGGCAGGAGAAGCACAUUGUUCAGUUGUUUUGCCUGGAAUGUACAAAGCUAUCAUGACUGGACUUCACCACACACUCCCUGCUUCCUUAAGUUUAUUUAAAUCUGAUUCUGCUAUUAAGUAGACUCUUAGUUACUGCAUCUUGUGUUGUAAACCAUUCCCCACAAAUCUCUAUUAAAAUUACUAAUUCAAGUUGUGUCUGUAUACAAACAAACCUUGACAAGGUUAUGUAAUGCAAAAUAAAUGCUGUGUGUUAAAAUACGUUUUAGUUUGUGAUGGUGGUAUAUUGCAAGUUGAUAUUCUAACUCAUGUAAAACAUGUUUGAAAACUGUCUCAAAACAUUUUGCUGUAAAUUAACCUGGGAGUGGGGGGGGGUGGCUCCAUUUAAUUUUUUUUAAUCACAAAGUUAGGAUAAUGCACAUUUCACAAGGAUACAACUCCAAACAAUCACAUGUAAAGGGCCAUGUAUCAACUCACUCCACUUUUAUGUAAAAUAGUACAAAAACAAGUCACUUGCUGCCCGACAACACUGGAGAGUCACACUCACUCGCACGUUAACAUCCAAA